AUGUACAGGUGUCCAGAAUUACCGUUUUUACCUGGUUAUAGCUUCAAUCCAAAUAUUGGAAGAACAAAAUUUCAUAAUGACCCUAAAUUUGAUUUUAUUGGAAAAGGUAAUAGAGCGUUAAAAGAAAAGGUUAAGCCAAAUAUGUUUGGGCCGUUAUCUGAUAAAUACCCUUCUAUCUAUCCUCGAGGCGAAACCGUGGAGAUACCCGGCUGGAUAGCGUUUGAUAAAAAGAUUCUCUGUUUUGAUGCAUUUUUUCAAGAAACCUUGCAAGAAGUUAAGGGGUCACCGUUUAUGAUAAGAAAAGUAAAAAUUUAUUUAUUUUUAGAAGAUGGAACGAUACAGGUUGUAGAGCCUCGAGUUGAAAAUAGUGGUAUUACACAAGGUACAUUGAUUAGUCGACAAAGAAUUCGAUUUCCCGCACCGAUGGAUGAAAACUUUUACGAUAUAAUCGAUUUUAAUAUAGGCAGAGAAAUCGAAUUUUUCGGCAGAGUAUUCAAAAUUACAAAUUGUGAUAAGUUCACUAGAACAUUUUUAAAUCGAUGUGGAAUCAGUGUUUCAGAUCCAAUUGAAACUCCUGCUGAUCCUUAUAUGAAUAUAAGAGCCCAAGACAUGGGCUCUAUGCAACCAAAGAAACCUGUAAAAUCACAUGAUGCAUUGGGAAAAUUCUUGGCUAACGACAAGAAGGUUCUUCAUUUCCAAGGUUACUGGGAUGAUCAGAAAACAUUAUAUGGAUAUGUGCAUCAUUUGGAAGUUCGAUACUACUUAGCUGACGAUACCAUAGAAAUAAAAGAAUUGCAAUCAGAGGCUGGUGGCGAACCAAGUUUCAUGUUUUUGCGCAGAGGGAAAUUACCAAAAUUAUACAAGGAAUUAAGUACACCUGGCUACGAUUCGGCAUACACAGUACUUAAUGUUCUCGGUUCUGCAUUAGGAAAUCGUCGAUACAUUGUAGAUCCACUUGACUGUGGUAGAGAAAAAAUUGAUUAUUAUUGCGAAAGGGACUUAAGUAUAGGUGCAGUCCUCAACUGCUACGGAAGACAGAUUGUUCUAACUGAUUGCGAUUCAUUUACUAAAGAAUAUUAUGCCGCAAAAUACGGUAUAAGCGAAUUUACGCCACUGCAAAUACCGGAUACUAGAAAAUUGGUCAACAUCAUUCCUCAUCCAAAACAGCGUGAACUACCCCCUUGGAAUGGUUUCGGCACACAUGAAGACUCAGCUCAGAAUUGUAUAACGGUAGAACCAAAGGCUCCAUUCAAGGAUUUUAAGAAGUUUCUAAUGUAUGACAGGAAUGGUUUGGACAGUCAUAUACUAAGAUUUGCAGCAAAGAUGAGGUCCAAGAUUCCCGAAAAUUGUGAUCGACAUUUCAUAAUUAGUUACUUCCUAACGGAUGACACCAUGUCUAUUUAUGAAAUUGGCAAAAAUAAUUCAGGUUUCAAAACAUCAUGUUUUCUUGGUAGAAGCCAAGUAAAGCUACCUGGACAGAAAGUUUUUGACAUAAAGCCACCCUUAUGUUAUACACCUCAGCAUAUGUUCAUUGGAGCAACAUUGAUCGUUAAUAAUUUUGAAUUUAUUCUUGUUGAUGCAGAUGAAUAUUGUUUGAGAUAUAUGGAACUAAACGCUAAUCAGUACCCCAAAGCUAAUAUUGCUUUGAUAAUGGAUAAAGUCAGAGAAAAGCUCAGGCCGAUUUAUAAGGAUUUUGUAGCAGAUAAUGUAUCGCAAGAUCAACCAACUCGAGUAAUUUCAUACGAAAAAUUGAGAUCACAACUUUGUCAAAUUAUGGGAACAGAUUUCACAGAGCAUGAUAUGGUGACUAUUUCAAGAGCCUUUUCGGCAGUUUGUCAUAAAGAGAGAUAUGACAGAGAUAAAGUCAGAGCUAUGACUUUGACGGAGCUGAAACGGUUUUUGUGGGACGACUUGGAUAGACUUAAGGAAUACUUGAUCCAAGCUGACUCCAGUAGAUUGGGAAAGCUGAGCAAAAAAGAUUGCCGCACAGUAUUAAAAGCAUGUAGACUUCCGUUGGAUAACAUUUUAAUUGACAAAAUUUUGUCCGUGAUAAAAAAGGAUACCGACUGUCAGUUGUUUUAUGAUGAUUUGUUGCAAUUCCUAGACAGGAAUUAUUGCCCUAUGUCUGAUGUGCCUCCAACAAAUGUAAAGUACGAACUAUGGUGGUGUUCAGAACCAGAACCUGAAGCAGGCAAAAUGAUUGACUGGUGUGCAUUUACCAAAUAUUUAGAUUUGGAAGAUACAUUUAAAGAAGUACUGAAGGAUACAUCAAUUGACAGUACCCUGACAGGAACUGAUGAACAAAAUAAUAAUCAGUAG